CGCGGAAAGGCGCCCAUUGACCGCUAUUUUGACUCCUUGACUGAACCUGUGACUUUUCUCACCGAGUCAUGCGGUGAUCUUGCGUUACGUUUGAGGCUUUCUGAACGCGGAGGAAGUUGUAAUGAAAUCUACGCCUUAAUUUAGUGACAAUUAGAUUUUAUUUGGAUUUGGUGGAAUAGCGAACGCGGAAGAAGAUGAGGUGCAGCUCUUCCUUUCCCAAGAUUUGCAGAGAUAUGUUGCUCCCUUUGCUUUUUCUAAUGAUUUUGCCUUCAGUCAUAUGUGAUUACCGAUGGUCUGUCUGCAACAAUGCCUCAACUUACACAGAGGGGAGUACAUACUCCACAAACUUGGAUCGAGUUAUCAAUGAUCUGUCUCGUAAUGCACCUCUAAGUUCUGGUUUUAACACCUCUUCCCGUGGCCAAUCUCCCAAUAAAGCCUAUGGACUGCUACAAUGUAUCGGUAAUGUAUCAGCAGCGAGAUGCUCAAAUUGUUCAGUGCAAGUAAAUAACAUUACUCAAGAACUUUGCGCCAACGACAUAGGUGCACGGGUGUGGAUGGAUGACUGCUUCAUGCGCUAUGAUAACUCCAAUUUCAUUUCAACAUUGGAUACCAAUUUUUUACUGCUGGAGAACACGCAAAAUGUCACAAGCAAUAUGCAGGGUUUCAUAUCCACGACCUCAAGUCUUCUGUCCAAUUUGUCUGAAAAAGCUUACAUCUCUGCAAAUAAGCUACUUGGGAUUGGAUCAGAAUCCUACUAUACUUCCGAUAAGGUGUACGGUCUAGUUCAGUGCUGGAGAGAUUUAUCUGUCAAGGAUUGUAGAUCAUGUUUGUUUCAAGCAAGGCAGGCGUUGGAACAGUGCUGUUCUUCAAGACAAGGAGCCCAGGCUAUGUCAGCAAGCUGCACAGUUAGAUUUGAGAUAUACCCAUUUGUUGAAUCCGGAAAUCUGUCAUCCUCACCCUCACCUUCACCUGAGGCGUCAUCACCACCUCCGACAACAUCCCCAACCAGUUCUCCGCCGGUAGCCCUCGGUCCUUCUGAGCCAACUUCUCAGGGGAAAUCAAAUAAAUCCUCAAAGACAUUACCUAUAGUACUGGGGGUUGUGAUAGGCGUGGUUCUGGUGUUACUCAUUUGUUUAAUUGCUAUGAGAAAAAGAGUGAAAUCUGCCAUUUUCGGGAGGCCAAUAACUACUGCUACCCAUAACGAAGACAGGCAUGCAUUUUCUCCUCAAUCCGGGUUACUUCAACAGGAACAACGUUUUAUCUUCAGCUUGGAAGAACUUGCAGAAGCCACCGAAAACUUUCAUGAUAAUAAUAAACUUGGAGAGGGGGGUUUCGGUUCGGUAUACAAGGGAAGAACCAAGGACGGUAAGCAAAUAGCAGUGAAAAAACUGUCUGCAAAGUCUAGGCAAGGUAAAGAAGAAUUUAUGAAUGAAGUGAAGCUUAUGGCCAAUGUUCAGCACCGAAACCUUGUGAAGCUAUUUGGAUGUUGCGUUGAGGGAGAUGAAAGGUUGAUUGUCUAUGAGUAUUUACCCAACAAGAGCCUUGACACCUUUCUUUUUGAUCCAGAAAAGCGUAGACUGCUAGAUUGGGAAAAGCGGUAUAACAUUAUCAUUGGAGUUGCUCGUGGCCUUCUCUAUCUGCAUGAAGAUUCACAGAUGAAAAUCAUUCACAGAGACAUUAAAGCAAACAAUAUUUUGCUUGACGACAAACUUCAUCCAAAGAUAGCUGACUUUGGCCUCGCUAAGCUUUUUGGGGAGGAUGAGUCGCAUGUACAAACCAGAGUUGCAGGCACAUACGGUUACAUGGCUCCAGAGUAUGCAAUGCAAGGGCAGCUUUCUGUUAAAGCCGACGUUUAUAGCUUUGGAGUGCUACUGCUUGAGAUUGUGAGCGGAAGGAAAAACUUAGAUACCCAUUUAGCCCCGGGGAUGCAAAACUUAUUAGAAUGGGCCUGGAGACUUUACAAAAGUGGAAACAUCAUGGGCAUAGUGGAUUCAACAGUAUUAGAAACAUGCCUUGAGGAGCAGGCAUUAAGAUGCAUUCAUGUUGGGUUUGUAUGUGUUCAAGCGGAUGCAGCACUUCGUCCACCCAUCUCCAAUGUUAUAAUGAUGAUCUCUAGCAGUUCGGUGACACUACCAAACGCAACAAAGCCUGCCUUCGUAAGUGGUAGCGAGAAGAAUGUUUCAAAAUCAAGCUCAGAGGUCGAGGAGAAUGAGAAGGGAACGGUGUCGAUGACCACGUCAUCUGGAUCAGUAAAUGAAGCCUCGGUCACUGCAGUGCAAUCGAGGUGAGCCUGCCAGGCAAUAGACAGCUAUGACUACCUGUAAUAUGUUCAUUGGUAUAGGUGUAUUCAUAAAGUUUAGUAGGGGCUGCUCAUCAAAACUUUAUGGUGAAAGGGAGAUUUUUUUAGUGGUCUAUCAUGUAUUUACAGAAAGUUUAUAAUAAUAUGACACUAUCCCUUAUUUCUUGCGAA